AUGACGGGUUUGCACCGUGAUGUGCGGUGGAUCAUCAAAGACCACUUUAGACGCCACACCCCCGUGUACAACACAGACGUGCAGGGCUUCAAGUGGGGCGACCGUGGGCUGUAUGUUCACGAGUCAGAAUUUGAGGCGUUCCAGGGGACGGCCGAGCCUGAUGAGGAGAGGAAGGACCUGAAGGAGGAAGAGCAGGAGGUGUACGACAGGGAGGACAUGGAGACGGAUGACGAGGAGAAGGAGGAGGAGGAGGAGGAGGAGGAGGAGGAGGAGGAGGAGGAGGAGGAGGAAGAGGAGGAGGAGGAGGAGAAACACAUGGGGGGCAGCAAGAGAGGCAAAAGAGUGGAGUCAGCAUGGGGGGCAGCAGGAGAGGCAAAAGAGUGGAGUCAGCAUGGGAGGCAGCCCCACGGCAAAAGAGUGGAGUCAGCAUGGGGGGCAGGAGAGGCAAAAGAGUGGAGUCAGCAUGGGGGGCAGGAGAGGCAAAAGAGUGGAGUUAGCAUGGGGGGCAGCAGGAGAGGCAAAAGAGUGGAGUUAGCAUGGGGGGCAGCAGGAGAUGCAAUGUGA